AUGAGUAAUAUGUUUUAAAAAAAGCAAAAGGUUCCUUAAUAUUUAGGAAAUUCAUUUAAGGAUUUUAAUGAUGAUUAUCAAAAUUUGACCAAGAACUUAAGUUCGAAAUUUAAGCAUACUAGUAUGGAAUAGAUCGAAGGUAGUAAUGAUUAAAAACCAAAUUAAAAUAAAAAAUAGAGUGGCAACACCUGGGACUCGCAACACUUAGAUAGUUUUGUAGCUAAUAGUCCUUGGGCAACUUAAUCUGUAUACUAUUAGAAUAAUGGAGCAUAAAGUUAAUUAGGUAAUCGUCUUUAAGCUUAUUCUCCAAACAAUGCAUCUUUAUACUAAAACGAUCCUAAAAAAAGAAUGAGUUAAAGCUAAAAUUAGACAAGGGUCUAUAGCUCUCUUAAAAAUAAUAGUACUAUGGCUAACAAAAAUAAAGACAGCAACACCAAUGUUCGUGAAAGCUUCUUUUUUACUUCUGUCUCAAGAUUUGUUGAUGAUAAUAAUUACAAAAUGAUUGAUUAUCCUGAUAGGUAUAGUAAUAAGAAUUUUUUAGUGAGCGAUAGGAGAGAUGUUGAUAUAAACUACUACAAUAAACACUUUUCUGUAAGUAAGCACACUGAUAAUAACAGCAUGAAGCUAUCUAUGUGCAAUUAACCUGUUACUUUGAUGACUCCUGCAUAAAAAUUGGAUCAACUAUUAAAUCUCAAAAGUGAAUAAAAAGAUUUCUAAAACUGGAAGAGCGAAUAUGCUAAAAUGAAUAAAAAGUACAGGGUUCACAAAGGAAUGUAUCCAUCUGGAAUUUUACAAGUGGAUAACCCUAAUAACUUUGAGUCUUAGCUAUACUCUGAUGAAGCUAAAAAAGAGUAUUUGCAAUAAGUAAGAAAGGAGUAAUUUAAAGACUUACACAAAGAUAGGUUAGCCAAUUUAUAAAGAACAAACCCAUAGAUAGAAUUCCUAAAUAAUUAUAGCUAAAGAGUUUUUCCAAAUAAAGACUAUGACGAUAAAGUAAAAGCUCCAUAAUUGAAUGCCAGUCAAUAUAAAUUUCAACAUCAAUAUGAUUCUUUGGCAGAGGUUAAGAACAGUUCGUAGAUAUUUAAUAACACUCAAAGAGAAAGGUUAACUCCUAAUUGGAAUUCUAAAAGACCAGUAACAACCAAUUUAGGUAGCUAAGGUAUUGAUACUGGGGAUAGGUUAUUUGGAGCAGAAGCAUAGAAUUAUUCUUUAGUAAGAGCAAAAUACUUGAGAGAACAAGAUACAAAAAAUAGAAAUUUCAACAUUAUUUCUUACGCAGACAAUAAAAUUGAGUUUAAGAAAGACAAAGGUCUUUAAAAUAUUGAACAAACAAAUGUUUGA